AUGAUCGAGAAAGCCGAGAUAGAUUCCAAAAUCGCCCAACUGUCAACGAUCUUCUCCGCGUCGAAGGCCGAUUUAGAGAGGGAGUUGAACGAAACGAGGGAGAAAAAUGCUGAGGUCGAGAGGGAAUUGAGGUCCGAAAACUUUGAGCUCAGAGCCGAUUUAUACAUAUUUCAAUCCCGGCUCAAAUACAAUCUGAAAGGGAAAACAAAACGGCCGAAAUCGCGAAGUUGCAGGCAGAUUUAUGAAAAUCAAACGAUGACUUUCUUGGAUCUGAAUGGAUGGUCGUAUUUGGAACAAACCGCUUCUUGGUACAAGACUUUGGAUCAAGAAAUGACGUUUGAUGAAGCCGAGGCAUAUUCCACUUUGGAACGCACUUUG